CGUGGCUUAGAUACCGAAGGAAAAGUGUACGUUAAUUAUGAGAAGUUGAACUGCGAGGAGCUCAAAAAAAUCAUUUAUGGAAAGCCGGCGCCUCUUGCAUCUGCGUUUCGAUUGACGUUUAAUCUGAUUCUGAUGCUCAUCAAGAGCAAUUUUCAAGCACAUGAGUACAUGCAAAGGAGUUUUGGUGAGCUGUACACGCAACGACUGGCGAAGGAUCGCGUUGAAAAGCUUGACAUGCUAGAAAAGAAAUUAGAGGAUAUGCAGUGCUCCAGUGACAGCACAGCAAGAAAGUACGUAGAAACAAUGUUUUCUAUCAAUACCAAGGAUCUUCUUGCAGCUGCUACAUGGAUUAUCGAUUUCAACGGCAAUUUUGGUUACAUAGAAAAGAUCAAAAACGACGAAAUAAUUCUUAAAAACGAAAGUGUUGGCAUAUGCAACGUUUUUUGCGCCCCUUUUCUUUCAGAUCCGCAACAAUCGAACAAACGAGUCUUGAAUGUGAGGGAUGUGUUCUUAAUGGGCAAUUCAGCAGGGAUAAGCUGGCAAGAAUGCAAUUAAUUAUUUGAAAGGGUUUGAAGCAAAAAACAAUUUGGUGUAUAUAAAGCAACACAAAGCAGUAAAGGGUGUUGAGGAACUACAAAAUUUAUCAGUAUCACUUUUAGCAAGGUAUGAGAAAAAUGAUCUGAUAGACAUUUUAAAGAGAGAGGCGAAUGCAUUUUGCUCUGAAAGAGAACGGGACAGACUCAGAGACAUAACAAGUAGUAAAAACCUCAUCUUUGGCACUGAAUACGAGCAACGCAUUAAGUUUUUGGAGGAUAAGAAGUAUAUCGAAAGCAACAGGCUGCUCAUCAAGGGACAGGUAGCCAGUGAGAUAAGAACGCUCAAUGACAUAAUUGUUACAGAGAUGCUGUUUAGUAACGAGUUUAAUGAUAUGAAGGGCGAAGAAGUGCUUGCCAUAUUUUCGUGCAUGGUGAGCAAUGAGCGGGAAAAUGUUCAAGUGGCGAAAAAAAGCAACGAUAUAAAAUUAAAGUACAGUGAGGAAGUUGGUGAAUGUAUGAGUUUGGAAGACAAAAAUGUCGAUUUGGGCUUUUUAGAUGCACUGGAGAGAUACGAACAUGCAUAUUCCAAAGAGCUGAUCGAGUAUGGUAUAAGCGAGGGGGUUGAACUGAAUUACAGUGCUAUAAAGCCUGUGUAUCUGUGGUGCAAAGGAUAUGCAUUAAACACGUGUGUGGCGAAUUCCAUCUCCAAGGGAGGAUUUGUGCGUGUAAUUUUGCGGCUUCAUGAAAGUAUUAGGGAAAUGAAGUUUGUGUGUCAGCACAUCGAAAACAAUAAUUUGUAUAAUAAGUUAGAGCAGCUUGAAAAAACGAUUCUACGUGAUGUCGUGGUGGAGCAGAGUCUAUACCUAACGAAUCAUGCACAGUUAGAAUCAGUGGUGCGUAAUAACACGCAUUCUUCCUAG